AUGUUCUCGGCCUUUAUCCACCGGCUUAACAACCUCAAGCAGCGAAUCCCGCUGCUCAACCAGCUCCAUCUAAACUUCAUUCUCCUACAUUACAUUUAUAUCAUCUUCUGGGUGAUCAUCGGCUCCAUCAUUGUCUAUGCCGGUGGCAACCUUUCCUAUACAGAUUCUCUCUUCCAUACGACCGGGGCCGCCACCCAGAGCGGGCUAAACACGGUGGACAUAAAUAAUAUGCGCCUUUAUCAGCAGAUCGUGUUCUACAUCGUCACGAUGCUUUGUACUCCGAUUUUCAUUCACGGCGGGCUAGUUUUCAUUCGACUAUAUUGGUUCGAGAAGCGGUUCCAGCAUGUGGUGCAGGAUGCGCGCGCCUUGCGCGCUACUCGAUCCCGCAUGGAUACAAUCACGCAGGACAAGCAUAGCCACGACGUGAACCGUGCCGAGCUGGGGGUGGGAGGUCGCUCGAUUUUGGUACUCCGGAACAAUGCCGGUGAUGCUCGAGGCGGUCGACUUCCCAACCCCACGACCCCUAAUACUGAGCCCCAGACGGAUGAUGAGUCGGUCGGAGGCAAAACGUCCAGUGAACGCUCCAACUCGGAGGACACGGAGGAUCCCUCCACCGAACGCCGAUUCGGAUUGGGAAGUCUGCAGGUGCCCACCCAGCCAAGCCCCGAGCAUCACAUCGCUUUCCUCGAAAAUCAGCGUAAGACUCAAGGCGCCCUGCGCAUACCGAGUCCCCGUGAGUACGACCGGGGUGGGGUACCCCAAGCACUGGAUGAGAGGGAGGAGGAACCUGACUUGGCACAACAGCCAUCGAGCAUGCAGUCCGACCGACAAAGCUCGACCGAUCCUGAUGAGAAGGAUCACGUUGGCUCGCUGGAAGGACCUCGAGUGACGAUUAACGAGCCCGACUUCUCGCGUGUCCGGACUGGCGAUAACAUACUUUCCCGACCAGAUACGCGACCUACCAUCCGUGAAACCAUGACCAAAGAUAUCGAUAAUACGAAUAUGCUGGGCCCCACAGCCACCAGAAACACAUUUCGGGGCAUUUUCCGAUCACUGACGGCGGAGCGAGAGCGGCCCACGCAACCGUACUUGAGCUGGAAUGCCACCGUGGCGCGAAACUCUAACUUCGUCGAUUUGACCGAGGAUCAGCGCGACGAAUUAGGUGGAAUUGAGUAUCGUGCGCUGAAGACCCUAGCCGUGGUGCUGGUCACGUAUUAUGUUGGCUUCCAUCUUCUUGGGCUGAUCUGCAUGCUUCCUUGGAUCAUGACGGUGGACACAUGGGGGAGUAUAGUGAGAGCAGAUGGUGUUGGACGUCCAUGGUGGGCAAUCUUCACAGCUGGCUCUGCUUUCAACGAUUUGGGAUUUACUUUAACGCCUGACUCAAUGUCCUCCUUCCAAAGAGCGGUCUUUCCACUGCUUCUCAUGACAUUCUUGAUCAUCAUUGGCAACACGGGGUUUCCGUGCAUGCUGCGCUUCGUGAUCUGGAUCAUGUCAAAAUUUGCAAGACAAGGUACCGCACUGUGGGAGGAAUUGAAGUUCUUACUUGAUCACCCUCGUCGAUGCUUUACCCUUCUCUUCCCACGAAAUGCGACCUGGUGGCUGUUCGCGAUCUUGGUCGCCCUGAACGGCAUUGAUCUGAUCUUCUUUAUCAUUCUGGACCUGAACGAUCCAACUGUAACGUCCUUACCGCCUGGUAUCCGAGUUCUCGAUGGCUUGUUCCAAGCCGCGUCUACUCGCACUGCCGGAUUUGGGGUUGUGAGUAUUUCGGACCUUCACCCAGCUAUCCAAGUGUCGUACUUGAUCAUGAUGUACAUCUCCGUCUUCCCCAUUGCUAUUUCGAUGCGUCGAACGAACGUGUACGAAGAAAAGAGUCUGGGCAUCUAUGGCGUCGAAGAGGAAAACGUUGAGGAAACACAGACGGCCCCCAGUUAUAUCGGGGCUCACUUGCGGCGCCAGCUCAGUUUCGAUCUAUGGUACGUGUUCCUAGGUCUCUUCAUCAUUGCUAUCGCCGAAGGAAAUCGGCUGCAGAACACGAGUGACUACAGUUUUCAACUAUUUGCCGUAUUGUUCGAGGUGGUCUCAGCCUACGGUACCGUGGGUUUAUCAUUUGGAUAUCCGAGUGUCAACACAUCUUUUUCCGGGCAGUUCACCGUGGUGUCAAAGUUGGUCAUCAUUGCCAUGCAGAUUCGUGGUCGCCACCGUGGCCUGCCAUACGCCCUGGACCGCGCUGUAUUGCUGCCAUCAGACGCUUUGAAUCGGCACGAGGCCGAGGCGUCUGAGCGCCGGAUGCGCCGGCGUACAUCAAACCUCAGUGGUGCUGAGUCUUUCGGUCAGAUUCGUUCACGUAGUCAUUCGCAGUCGCAGACACACGCAGACGGUGGCCUUUCGACGGGGCUAGAGGCUCGCGAUUGGCAAAAUCAUACGACGCAACACAGCGACAGUCUCGUACAUCGCUCGUCGACUGUUCUGUCAACCCGGUGA